AGCUGAUUCCUGAGCCUGACACGUCUUCCGCCUAGAGACUACACACUCCGAAGGCCUUGGCGGGGCACUUCCGCUUCCGGGUCUGACGUAUGCCGCACGGCGCUCAGUUCUGGUCUGCGCAGGCGUCCAGCUGAUUUUUUUUGUGUUCCAUCUUCCUCUACGGAGAGCACCAAGGAUUUUGAUCGGCCUACCGCUGCCCAGUUCACUUUCCUCCGGGGCCAGGCCACUUUCCUUACGUGGCCGCCUCAAGCCACCCCUACCCAUUAUCGGGACACCCCGGGCUGCGCCCCUACCCUCUCUCUUGUGCUUUGCGUGGUGGUCCUAUACUGCCUUCUGUCACCUGACCUGAGCAAUUGCAGAUAAACUGAGCCAUCGAAAUUGGGCAGAGCCCACUCACACUGGACGUAUGAUCGCCUUAAUGCACUUCGCUGCCCUUUUCUUACUGCCCCGUGCCAUGUCCAGUUCUUUGUUCGUCCUGCACAAGAACCUAGGAACCUGUCCAGGACCCCAUGGACCACGGUCACAUGAGGGCCUCAACGUCCAAUGGGCACAGGUUUGCUGGCUGCUGUGCGCAGCCUCUCAGCCUUGCCGCGCGGGCUUUGGGGAGGCUGGAGUGACCUUGGAGGAGGGAGGCAGAGAAGUGCAGCCGGGCCAGGCGCUGGAGAAAGUAGCUUUCACCGGCUGCCCUGGGCAAGAAGAGCUGGCCCCACUUGAGACUGAUAACGACUUCACUGUGUUGAGCAAGGGAACGGUCCAGGAAAAAGAAGCUUUGAAGACCUCCCUACCUAAACGCAUCUUACGAAGACGCAAGAGAGAAUGGGUGGUUCCGCCGAUAUCUGUCCCUGAGAAUGGCAAGGGGCCCUUCCCCAAGAGGCUGCAUCAGCUCAAAUCUGAUAAGGAUAAAGGCACCAAGAUUUUCUACAGCAUCACAGGGCCCGGGGCAGAUAGUCCUCCAGAGGGUGUCUUCGACAUUGACAAGGAGACAGGCUGGUUGCUGUUGAAUAAGCCACUGGACCGGGAGAAGAUCGCCAAGUAUGAGCUUUUUGGUCACGCUGUGUCAGAAAACGGUGCCUCCGUGGAGGAGCCCAGGAACAUCUCCAUCAUCGUGACGGACCAGAAUGACCACAGACCCAAGUUCACCCAGGAGAUCUUCCGAGGGAGUGUCCUGGAGGGGGCACGCCCUGGUACCUCUGUGAUGCAGGUGACAGCCACAGACGAGGACGAUGCCAUCGACACCAACAAUGGCGUGGUUGCUUACUCCAUCCACAGCCAGGAACCAAAGGACCCAAAUGACCUCAUGUUCACCAUUCACCGGAGCACAGGCAGCAUCAGUGUCAUCUCCAGCGGCCUGGACCGGGAGAAAGUCCCCGAGUACACGCUGACCAUCCAGGCCGCAGACAUGGACGGGGAGGGGUCCACCACCACGGCAGUGGCGAUAGUGGAAAUCCUUGAUGCCAAUGACAAUGCUCCUGUAUUUGACACCCAGAAGUACGAGGCUCAGGUGCCUGAGAAUGCAGUGGGCCAUGAGGUGCAGAGGCUGACAGUGACCGAUCUGGAUGCCCCCAACUCUCCAGCAUGGCGCGCCAUCUUCCACAUUGUAGGAGGUGACAGUGGGGACCAUUUUACCAUCACCACUGACCCUGAGAGUAACCAAGGCAUCCUGACAACCAAGAAGGGCUUGGAUUUUGAGGCCCAAAGCCAACACACAUUGUAUGUAGAAGUGACGAAUGAGGCUCCCUUUGUGGUGAAGCUCCCAACCUCCACGGCCACCGUCGUGAUCCAUGUGGAGAACGUGAAUGAGGCCCCUAUGUUUGUCCCACCCUCCAAAGUCAUCGAGGCCCAGGAGGGUAUCUCCGUUGGUGAGGCUGUCUGCAUUUACACUGCACAGGACCCCGACAAGGAGAACCAGAAGAUCAGCUACCACAUCCUGAGAGACCCAGCCGGGUGGCUAGCAAUGGACCCAGACAGUGGGCAGGUCACUGCUGCAGGCCUCUUAGACCGCGAGGAUGAGCGCUUUGUGAGGAACAACAUCUACGAAGUCAUGGUCCUGGCCACUGAUAAUGGGAACCCUCCCGCCACUGGCACCGGGACCCUCCUGCUAACACUUACUGACAUCAAUGACCACGGCCCGGUCCCUGAGCCCCAGGAGAUCACCAUCUGCAAUGAAAACCCGGUGCCCCAAAUGUUGAACAUCACAGACAAGGACCUGUCCCCCAACUCCUCCCCUUUCCAGGCCCAGCUCAAAUUCGACUCAGACGUCUACUGGACAGCAGAGGUCAAUGAAAAAGGAGACGCAGUGUCCUUGUCCCUGAAGAAGUUCCUGAAGCAAGGCACCUAUGACGUGCACCUUUCUCUGUCUGACCACGGCAACAAUGAGCAGCUGACAGUGAUCACAGCCGUCGUGUGUGACUGCCACGGCCAUGUGGAGUUCUGCCCUCCGCACUGGAAGGGCGGGUUCAUCCUUCCCAUCCUGGGGGCUGUCCUGGCUCUGCUGUUCCUCCUGCUGGUGCUCCUCCUGCUGGUGAGAAAGAAGCGGAAGGUCAAAGAGCCUCUUCUGCUCCCAGAAGACGACACCCGUGACAAUGUCUUCUAUUAUGGUGAAGAGGGUGGUGGUGAAGAGGACCAGGACUAUGACAUUACCCAGCUGCACCGGGGUCUAGAGGCCAGGCCUGAGGUGGUUCUUCGCAAUGAUGUGGCACCAACCUUCAUGCCCACCCCCAUGUACCGUCCCCGGCCUGCCAACCCAGAUGAAAUCGGCAACUUCAUUAUCGAGAACCUGAAGGCAGCCAACACGGACCCCACAGCCCCACCCUACGACUCGCUGUUGGUGUUCGACUACGAGGGCAGCGGCUCGGAUGCUGCUUCCCUAAGCUCCCUCACAUCCUCGGCCUCGGACCAGGACCAGGACUAUGACUACCUGAACGAGUGGGGCAGUCGCUUCAAGAAGCUGGCGGACAUGUACGGGGGCGGGGAGGACGACUAGGAGGCCCUGCCUGACGGCCCGAAGUAAACACCUCCCAGGGGCUCGGUCCCCUUCCAGCCGGAGACUUCAGAGCCUGUCCGGAAGUGGCCUGAGCAAUUUAGAGGGUGGAGCGGCCCGUCUGAGCUGAGCAGGUUGGGCUCUGAGCCCUUCGGAAGGGAAAGGCUGGGGUCGUGUGGCCUCGUCCGGUGCUGACCGCCGCCCAGCCUGGGUCACGGCUGCCUCGGAGCGCUCAGCCCACGACCUGGACCUGGACAGCUCCGCUGCCCCACGCUGACUUUACCUCUGGAAUGGAUCUUCUCUUUAGAAAGAGACCUCCUACACAACCUGAUUGUGGUUUUGAGUAAAAUGCUGUUUUCAGAAAGUUAGAGGCAGGUCCUCCGUGGCAGGUCCUCCGUGUCCCCUCUGCCCCUGUGGGAGCACAGCCUGCAGGGCUCACUGCCCUCAUGUGAUACUCGGGUCUCCAGGCCCUGAGCCUCUCAUGUGGGUGAAUGCGUCCAUUUUUAUACCAAGUGUGUCUAGGUUGUCCUGUGUUUUUUAUUUUUCUCUAUUGGCGUGCUGUAGAUGAAGGGUCAUGACAAUCGUGUAAAUGUAUUAGAACUUUUUUUAUUAAAGGAACUUUUCCCAGAGGUGCGAGGGGAGUGGA